CGUCUCUCUUUUUUUUGUUUUUUUUUUUUGGUCGUCGAUAUUUCGUCCUAGUCUGUACAACGAGGUGAACAAGAAGAACAAAAUGGUGAGUGUGAUCGAGGCUCGUUCCUCUCUAGUUUUCGACACUUCGACCGAGUGCAAUGCGCGUCGCGAAUGAUCGGUACCAAUUCCAAUUUAAGUUUGUUCGAAGAAGAAGAAAAAAGAAAAGUGAAGAAAGAACGAAGUAAAUGAGUGGUAUUUGUGGAGAACACGGUAAUGAGAUAAUCGAAAUUAAAACGUAGAGUAGACGUAUUUUCCUAAGUUCGAUGAGUAAUGAUGAGUGAUUCCUCCUUUAAUAAAUGUCACACGUGGAUCAUCGAUCUGUCGUUCCUCUCUUAAAUUUAACACUUUUUCCGUCGCGUGGCAAGGUUCAUAUCAUCAGUUUGUAAUUUCGUGGAAUUCUCGCCGAGUAACUUAAGCAAUAGAAUUUCACUGAGAGAGGAGGGAAAGGGGGGAGAGAGGGGGGGAAAGGUACGCCUGAUAUUCAUAACGUGCACUCGCGAUAACGAGAUUUUACUCACGCGAUAACGAUCGUUAUCCGUAAUCCCAAGGAGCUUAGAAUCUAAUUCUAUCGCUAUCUAUCGACGGCACGGUUUUUACUGCAGCGUAGUUAUUACUUUGUUACAAAUUUUUUAACACGUGUUUCAAGCGACGUGUUCGUUUGAGAAAAAAUUUGAAGAAAAAAAGUCUGUCUGAAAAAAAAAAAGAGAGAAACUCACGAGAGGCUACCUCCAAAAGGAAGAAGACUUUUUCAACAAAAACACCAAACGAAGAUUAAAAAAAACAAAAAUUUCUGAAUCAUUCGACAGGACGAGGGCCACCGGAAUCCAGCGUUCGUCGACGAUGACACGAGGAAAUCGAAAUCAUGCGAACGACCAAAGGAAUCGGUCUCCACCAGGUGUUCAGAUACCACGAGAGGAACGGAAGAAGUGAGAAGCAAGUGGAACAACGAGAUAGAAUUCUUAAUGUCCUGCAUCGCGAUGUCGAUAGGUUUCGGCAAUAUCUGGAGGUUCCCAUUCACUGCCUAUGAGAACGGCGGAGGUGCAUUCUUAAUACCGUACAUCGUCGUCCUGUUGCUGAUUGGGAAACCGUUCUACUACCUGGAGAUGAUCAUCGGCCAAUUCUCUUCGUCCUCCUCGAUCAAGGUGUGGAACAUUUCGCCUGCGUUUAGUGGUGUUGGAUGGUCGCAGUUCUGCUCGAACGCGGCGUUAAUGACGUAUUACAGUUCGCUGAUGUCGCUGACGCUUUUCUUUCUGGUCGCGUCUUUCUCGUCUGAACUGCCGUGGGCAAAGUGCAGAGAUGAAUGGUCCGACUAUUGUAUCGAUUCCGGCCAAACGGCCAGUGGUGAAACACGGCUGAACGCCAGCGUGUUCCUCGAAUUAUUCGACAAGAAAGAACGCAAGAGUUCCGCGGAGCUCUACUUUCUAAAAGUGGUGCUUCAAGAGAAAGACAGCAUCGACGAUGGGAUUGGACUGCCAGACUGGAAGUUAACAUUGUGCCUGCUGGUCAGUUGGUCCUCCGUUAUCUUGAUAACGUUCCAGGGUGUGAAGAGUUCAGGGAAAUUCUCCUAUUUCCUGGCAAUUUUCCCGUACAUCAUCUUGGUGGCACUUCUCGUCAGAGCAGUGACCCUGGAAGGUGCUGUGACUGGGAUCUUUUACUUCAUCACCCCGGAAUGGUCGAAACUUUUGGAACCAACUGUUUGGUACGCGGCUGUCACCCAGUGUUUCUUCUCGCUCUCUGUCUGUUUCGGCUCCAUCAUCACGUACUCGUCGCACAAUGACUUCAGACACAACAUAUACAGGGACGCGCUCAUUGUAACUAGUCUCGACACUGUAACGAGCCUCAUAGCGGGCUGCACGAUCUUUGGGAUCUUGGGGAACCUGGCCUACGAAAUGGACUUGACGGAUAUCGACAAAGUGGUUACGUCCGGUGUUAGUCUGGCGUUCAUCUCUUACCCUGACGCCAUUGCGAAGUUCACCUUUCUACCUCAAUUAUUCGCAGUGUUGUUUUUCGUGAUGAUGUUCGUCCUCGGCGUAGGCAGCAUCGUAGGAAUGGUUUCAGGGAUAGUGACCGCAUUGAAGGAAAAGCUGCCGAACGUGAAAAUUUGGCAAAUCGUGGUAUCCGUCUGUUCAAUAGGAUUCGCUGUUAGCACCGUUUACGUCACUCCUGGUGGACAAUUUUUAUUGAUGUUGGUCGAUUACUAUGGCACGUCGUUCGUCGUGUUCAUUCUGGCUUCGUUCGAAAUCACUGCCGUGUCCUGGGUAUAUGGUUUAGAAAAUUUCCUGGACGACAUCGAAUUCAUGCUGAACAAGAAAACAAGCAGCUACUGGAGAAUCUGUUGGUUCCUGAUAACGCCGUUGAUUUUGAUAACGAUAUUCUUUUACACUGUUGCCACCCUUUCACCGUUGACCUAUGGUGACAAAAAGUAUCCGGCUACGGCACACGCGGCUGGUGUUGUCAUACUUUGCUUCAGCGUUUUUCAAAUACCAUUCUGGAUGAUUGUGGAAAUGCUGAAGAACAGGAAUUUGUCACUGUUACAGAAUUUGAAGAAGUCAUUUCUGCCAACGCCGCAAUGGGGCCCCAGAGAAGUCGAGCACAGAGAAGCUUGGCUCCGCUUCAGAGAGGAAAAUUUGAAAAAGAGAAACGCCAGGACGGAACCUAAGUGGCUCCAGUUAAUAUACAUUUUAAUUCGUAGGAACCACAAGAAAGAU